GUGCGUUCGUCUCGCAUGUGAUUUUUUUUUUGUGUAUGGUCUCAGAACGGCAGAAAUAAUGUUUUUCCGUGCUCGCCGCUGAAUAUAUCCGCGCUCUAAAGUUUCGAGGGUUUCAUAUUUCUCCCCGAAAAGCAAAAAAAAUUUCUGUAAAACUAAGUCGGAUCGAAGUUCUACCCGCAAGAUUUCGAUCGCCUAAGCAGAAUUGGAAUGCCCUUCAUUCUUUCUCUUGACAUUUUAUUCUUGCAAUCAGUUUUUGUGUUUUGUAAAGCGUGAUGAGCGAAAACCCUAGCUCGCCGGUGGCCGAGGAGCCGAUGGCCGGAGGGAUGGAGGGCCUUCAUGAAUCAGCUGGUAGUCUUGUGUCGAUCGACGGUGACGCGACCACUGAUCACGGUGUCUCAAUCGUCCCUCAUGUCGGGGGUAGUCAGCUAACCCUCUCCUUUCAGGGCGAGGUCUACGUCUUUGAUUGCGUCUCACCUGAAAAGGUUCAGUCUGUGUUAUUGUUGUUGGGAGGGAGGGAGGUAGCGGCCCCCUUGCCUUCUCCGCCGACAUCUUCUACUAAUCAGUUGAACAAGAGGUUCAAUUUUUCUCACAGGGUUGCAUCGUUAAUGAGGUUUCGGGAGAAGAGAAAAGAGCGGAAUUUUGACAAGAAAAUACGCUAUGAUGUCCGCAAAGAGGUUGCCCUUAGGAUGCAGCGAAAUAAAGGUCAAUUUACAUCGUCCAAGUCAAAAGCUGAAGGCACAUUGCCAGGUUUUGCUGGCAUGGAUUCUACAUCAUAUUUGGCUGCAGAGAAUGGCCAGCCCCAAACUGCAUCAGCGUGCUAUCAUUGCCACAUUAGUGCAAAAGAUACGCCAAUGAUGCGUCGUGGUCCUGAUGGACCAAGGACAUUAUGUAAUGCAUGUGGGCUUAUGUGGGCAAACAAGGGUACACUGAGGGAUCUCUCUAAAUCUCCUGUAACCUUUCAGCACCAAACCUUGGAGUCAAAGGAUGGGGAAGGAGCUACUGCAACUGGGCAACCGACAGCAGCAGUUCCCUCUAACGGUCAGGAAAUCUCACAUUGAUUAGAAGUGUUGCAACUUCUUGUUGUUAUUUGUGCGUUCACCCUUCUUAGGUUUUUCAUGUGAUCAUUUUAGAACACUUAAGCUUAACUUUGUGAUAUACAUAUCAGAGAAUUAGAUUCGAGGAUUUUCCCCUGUUUUCACAGUUCCUUUUCUUGCCCUUGGUGUGAAUUUGUAAUGGCUGCUUGCAUGCAAAUGUAAUAUUUGUUGCUGCAAUAAAAUAUCGACGCCUCUUGAAUUCUC